CUGCUUUCCUUGAAUUCUGUCUCAUCCACUCGAACUCGAACUUAUGGAUCGGAUCGUGUGUUUGGUUUGGUUUGGUUUUGGGGGGCAGAGAGUAGACUGUCGUGAUGGUAUACACAUCCUGACAUUGUCAUCACCAUCCAUCACCAUCACCAUCACUAUCAUCCAUCCUGCUCGAGCUCGCCAUCAAUCACCAUCCAUUCAUUCCACGGGACCGCCCUCUGUCGAACACACUUGUGCACACACACUCAUACAUACACACACUCAUACACACACACACUCAUACACACACUCCUACACACACCCACCCCCAUUCACACGCACAUACGCCCGCGGAACAAUCUGGUGGCUGAGGCGACGCGACGAUAUGAUGAUGAUGAUGAUGAUGAUGAUAUGCAGAUACAGAACGUCCCGAGCCACAAGUCUACCUACUACCUACCUGCAUACUUACUACGCGCUUUUGUUGCCACCACCAUCACUGCGCACACACCACCUCCUCUCAGCCUUAUUCCUUUCCCUUGCUGUCUCUCCUUGCUCAUUUCCAAAUCUUCCGUACAUUAUUCAGACUCUCAUCGCUCACUCUCCGUGACCUCCUGCAUAAUCGAAUCCAUCCCUCGAAAAAACUCCGGUUUUGCGAUCAUCCUGUUGUCCAUCCAUAGCUAAACGAACCCCCGUCCGUCCGGUCCGUCAGUCCGUCCGUCCACCCGGACUUUUUCUGCCUUCUUUUCCUUCCUUCCUUCCCUUCCUUCCUACUCCCGUGACAUGACUCGUCCUGCCUUGCCACAAAUGCCACAAAUGCCAGAGACGCCAGAGAUGACACAGACAGAGCUACGGAUAUAUCGUCGCCAUACCAUCAAAUUCCCGAUGGAAACAACCAAAAAAACACCCACCCCCUGUUGAUCUCGGGGGGGGUUUGCUCGUUACACGUACACAUUCACGGACGAAGAGAGCUCUUUUUGCUAGAUUGUAUACGGAUAU